UCGUUUAUUUGGCGCUGAGACGGAACUGCUGUCAGCGAUUCGAGCUCUGUUCAGAGAGGUCAGUUUCUAUUACAGUGAAUGGACUCGUCACACAUUGGGUUGAAUGAACGUGUUUCUGCAAUAUGAAGAAUGGAAGAAGACGAUGUGACGAUCAGAGAGCAGAAUUUCCACAGCCAAGUGCGCGAGUACAUCAUCUGCUUCCUCCUGUUUGCAGUACUGUACAUUGUAUCAUACUGCGUCAUCACACGCUACAAGAGGAAAAGCGAUGACCAGGAAGAUGAGGAUGCCAUUGUCAACAGAAUAUCUAUGUACCUGUGUACAUUUACAUUAGCAGUGUCUGGAGGGGCUGUCCUCCUCUUGCCAUUCUCUAUAAUCAGUAAUGAGAUCCUGCUCUCCUUUCCCAAAAACUACUACAUUCAGUGGCUCAAUGGAUCACUCAUCCAUGGCCUCUGGAACCUGGUGUCCCUCUUCUCAAAUCUCUGUCUCUUUGUGCUGAUGCCUUUUGCCUAUUUUUUCUUGGAGUCCGAGGGCUUUGCAGGUUCAAAAAAGGGCAUUAAAGCUCGUGUGCUGGAGACGUUUGUCAUGCUCUUUCUGUUGGGUCUCCUCAUCCUGGGCAUUGUAUGGGUGGCGUCUGCUCUCAUCGACAAUGAUGCUGCCAGCAUGGAAUCGCUCUAUGAUUUAUGGGAUUUCUAUCUGCCGUACCUCUACUCCUGCAUCUCUCUGAUGGGUGGCCUAUUUCUGCUUAUGUGUACUCCAGUGGGACUGUCACGCAUGUUCACAGUGAUGGGCCAGUUACUAGUCAAACCCACAAUUUUAGUGGAUCUGGAUGAGCACAUUUAUUGUAUUCAGCUGCAGGAAGAGGCCGUGGUGCGCAGACUCAAUGGUACAACAUCCAACUCUUAUUUCCAUGGUAACUCUCGGCAUCUCUAUAAAGAACUGGACCACAUUCGCAAUCAGAGAAACAAACUCGAAAGGAGAAAAAAAGCCUCAGCCUGGGAGAAGAAUCUCCUUUACCCUGUAGUAAUGCUGAUCCUGCUUGCCGGAACGGCAAUUUCUGUUCUCCUGGUUGCCCUGAACAUUGUAUACUUGCUUGUUGACGAGACCGCUUUGCCAAAGGGUUCAACGGAGAGAAAUAUUGGCAAUGCCUCCUUGUCCACAUAUGGAGUUGCCCAGGCAUUUGUUGAAAUAAUUCUCAUGAUUUAUCUGAUGGUCUCAUCAGUUGUUGGCUUCUAUAGCCUUCGCAUCUUUCAGGAGCUCACUCCCAGAAAGGACGACACUACCAUGACAACGAUCAUUGGUUGCUGUGUAUCCAUUUUAGUGCUGAGCUCGGCCUUGCCUGUCAUGUCCCGAACACUUGGAAUAACAAGGUUUGAUCUCUUGGGAGAUUUUGGGAGAUUUAAUUGGCUUGGAAAUUUCUACAUUGUACUUUCCUAUAACCUGCUAUUUGCUGUGGUAACCACAUUGUGUCUGGUGAGAAAGUUCACAUCUGCUGUGCGAGAGGAACUCCUCAAAGCCCUUGGUCUGGAUAAAUUUAAUCUGUCAAAUUGUACAACAGACACAGAAUCAGGGAAACAUGCUGCCAGUGGACAUCAGAAAACUCUGUGAGAAUCAGCAGUGCAUACACUCAAACACCUGUAUGUGUAUGCUUUUUAAUUUUAAGAUUAGAAUAAUAGAAGUGUAGAAUAUUCAAUAUCCCAUAACCCACAAAGCUGUACCUACCAGUGAAACUUCUACAGUGAUGAUACUGAAGAACCAUGCAGUCUGUUUUCACAAUGAUUAAUGUAACUGAUUUAUGUGGGUUAUCAAAUUUUGGUUAGAUCUUUUUGUUGUAUUAGUUGUUUUGCAUGUAAAUUUCAAUUCAGAAUGUUAUUUUCUUACUGACUUGUGCAUCUAAAAGGCCCCUUGACUGCACCCUUUUAAUGAGGUUUUGUCAUUUAUAGGUUCAUGGCCUAAAAGUUACAGUUUUGUGAAAGCCUAACUUAUAAGAAGUGUAAACCUAAAAAGUUAAUUUAUAUACAUAUUCAUUUAAAAAUUUACUGAUUCAAAUGCAAAUGAUGCAAUUUACAAUGCAAAUGAUGUAAUUUACUGUCGAAUUUCUUGCUUUAAUUUAGACAUGUUAAGUUUUGUCAUCUGAAACCUUGUUAUUGUGUCUCUGCUAUUGAAUAUGUUUACAUACACUUUUAAAUAUGAUCAGCUAUAUGUUAAAAGAGGCAUAAAAGAGGAAGGGAGCAUUAUGAUUUUGGUUUCCUCAUGCUUUACUGUGAUAAAUAGGGUUUGUUGGAUGUGACAGAAUUAAGUAUUGGGAAUUGACAAGGAAACUCCCAAAACAUGUGCAUUACUCAAAAUAUUGGCAUAUUCUGGGGAGUAUUGAAAUGUUGAGCUGAGGAGACUACCUGCCAAAAUGUCUUCUUGCACUGCUACUGUUUUAAUCUUCUUCCUAUCGGUGGGCAGGGUUCAGCACAUUAUGGGUUGGAGUCACAAGCAACAACCAACGAUACUGCUUAAUAUUAUUAUUAUUCUAAUUAUUGUGUGUUUUCAAGGAUUGGUUACAGCAGAUCGUGUUUAGAAAUUAGGAAUCAUGGAUUGUUGUAUACUAUAUCUAGAACUCCGUUCUCUGUUGUCACAGUGUUAAAAUGCACCAAAUAAUUGUUUUCAGUAGGUGGGACACAAUGUUAGGAUAAACUUCCUGUUCUUAAAUCUGCUGCUACUUCCUCGACAACCUCUGAUACUAUACAACUAUGCUACACCUUCUAUGUAAAUUGAUACAAGUUUUUCCCUUAGUGGGAGAGCAUAUAACAUACUUCCUUUGAAAUUUGUAAUUGCUGCAGUGCUUUUUAAAGAUCUAUAUAUUUGCCUUAUUUCAAUGGAGCAUCACUAGCAGUUCAAGAAAACAGCCUUUAAACAUCUAGUGUGUCCCUCUGAUUAUUAUAUCCAUGAACAUUGAAUUUAAAGGAAUAAUAGUUCACACAAAUUGAGAAUUUUCAUUGUUGGGUGAACUAUUCCUUAAAAUUUGUACAAUUCAAUUUGUACAGUGUUUUUAUUCACUCUGGCCGGCGUAGCUUGUUCAGUCUAGUGAAUUACUGGUGUACAUAGAUCAGAGGCUAACCUUACAUUUAGUAGAUUCUUGUGUAGAAUGGCUGGGGACACAGGACUGCAGAGCCAGAUAAAUCGGUUACACUCCUAUUGAAGUUUAUUGUGUGAUGAUUCAAAAUGAAUGUGAAGUCAGAUCUGAGUCGGCAUGUAAAAAGCAAUAUCGAAGGGUCUCCUUAGUAGCUUUGAAAUACAAAGAAGUCAUAGAAACAUGUAAAUUAGUCUCCCCCUUUUUCUCCUUCUUUAACUUUUAUUUAAAUUUUGUCUAAAAGUUACUGAGCGUAGAGUUGAUUUUAUGCUCUGUGUCCAGACAUUCCCAUUCUGACAAAAAACAACAGGAAAAAUGUUUUGGCCAUUCCUGACGUUUCUGUUACUCUGUGACUCAAGAGCAAAUGUUUGAUAUAUAUAUAUAAAAAAAAUGCAUAGGCAUCCUUGAGUGUUCAGUCCACAUUCUUUGUCUCUAACUAUGGCAAGUCUCAUGUCAAUGUAAAUUAUGUAUUUACUUGUAAAUACAGUAUAUUUGCUCUUUUUAUUUUUAUAAAAUGUAGAUCUGAAAUGGGCUCUUAUUCUCAUUCAUACUAUGCUAUUUGUGAAAAAGGCCAGAAAAUUUGUUACUCUGCAAUUGUUUAUUGGGAGAAUUAUUUUAUUUUAUUUUUUUAACCUCUGGUGCCUUAAAUAGGCUUUUUCAGUUUUCGUCUACUUUUGUCCAGGAUUGAGGAGGCAAACUGUGCAUGUGUGUGAGGUGCAAAUGAGCGAAAGAGUGAGAGAUUGUGUGUGUAUACCUUUUUAUUGACUGAUUCGCUAUGACUCCCUUAUGUGAUUGUCAGUAACAUGGCAUACCAAAAUGAUAGGAAAUAUUUGUUACUCAUCUUGAACUGGCCAAAGGUAAUUAAUCUAUCAGGGCACUGAUCUGGAAUAUUGAUACAUAAUUUUAAGAAAUAGAUUUCUGCAACUUUGAAUUCAGUGUCCCUCAUGUGAAUCCUUUAACUUUACAAAGCCUACAUUCUCAGCUUCAGCUAUAAGGGAAAGCUAUGUUCAAUAUGAUGCAUUUUUGGGUGUUUUUAUCAUCAUAAAUUAAAGAAGUUACAUGUAAAAUAAGUCUUCCUUUUGAUUUGCACAAAAACUAUUUUGUAGGAAAAGGUUUCUAGGAGAAAAAUUUUAUUAUGUUAAUAACUGUGUCAUUGAAAUGAGCCUGUAUUUGUUGUUUUUUACAGAGCGUAAUCAAAUUUUAAUGUCACUUCUGUAUGCACAGUCUUUGUUAUGCCAGAACAUCCUGUGUCAUUAAUACAGUCUGUGGACAUAAUUAAAAUUCUACUCCUUUAAAUAAAUUGACUUAUUGGGGGAUGUUGCUGUGCAAGGCUUCUAACCUUUUAUACUGCGCAAGGGCUGGUGUGUCAAUUGCUGUUUUGGGUUUUGCAAAACAAAGGCAUUAGCAGUGAUGUAUUAGAAUUAACAGUGACAUUCCGUAUUCUGUUUUUCUGUUCAAGUGUCUUGAAUCCUCUCUUAAACUCGUCAUCUUUAGGACACAUUCUCCUUACAAGAGCCACAAAUUAAUAAACAACGGAUUGAAGCUUUGUUGUAUUUUGAUAUUUCUGUCUUAUUCUUUAACUCUAGCAGACAGAAUGUGGCCUACAGUACCCACACACCAAAACAGCUUGUUCUUGUUCAUUCAUAAGUUAAAUGUCCACACUGUGAAGUGACCAGUCUCAUUUGAGUUUUCAGCUUAAGCUACAAGAGAAAGUUACUUUUUCUUAAUUCUGUUCUUGCCUGUUUCUUCUAUUACAUGUGUGAAUGUAUUUUCAGAAUGUUCAUCUUACCCAUUUGGUGUGUUUUAAGAAAUUGCAUUGUUUGUGGUGUUUGCGAAGGAAAAUGUUCAAAUUCUCGUUUGUUUACAUUGUAUUCCUCUGCAGUUUACAGUAAAGUUUGUGACCCCUGUGGUUCUUAUUCUUUUUCUGCCUGCUUGUCAGUAUUAUUUACUUAUGUACUAUUAUGUGCUAACACUAAUUUAUGUGACUUAUGUAGUAAAA